AUGGCAAACAAUAACUCUUUGACUGGUGGUGAACUCUUACUGCGAAGUGUCAAUUACCGGCUCAUUUUAGUUCAGGUUUUUGUUGCUCUUUUCCUGUGUAUCAAUGUUUUGCUGAUCAGAACCUUUUUUAUGAAGGAUUUUUUCUACACAACCAUGCGCUACAUCUUAUUUGCUGUUACACUCAUGUCGGAUUGUCUGAUAUUGAUUUUAACAAAUUUCCUGCUAAUCUUUAAUUAUUUUCAUUUGACUAUGCAAAUGUGGUUAUGUCUAAUUUUCUGCAUUUUGUCAUCUGUGUACACUUUUGUCACACCAGUUACUCUGACAGCAAUGACCCUGGAGCGCUAUGUGGCCAUUUGUAUGCCCCUGCGUCAUGGAGAGCUCUGCUCCACACGCAGUGCUUUGCGCUGUAUCCUCAUCAUUCACAGCCUCAGCUGUGUGCCCUGCUUUGUUAUUCUCUCCAUCUUCUUUGCAUCUGCCACCCACAGCUUCUACACUCAGAGCAGAGUAUGCUCUGUGGAAAUCUUUAUCUUUCACACUUGGCAGGCUCAUAUUAGGUCAGCAAUAAGUCAGUUUUACUUCUUGAUCAUGUGUAUCGCCAUUGUUUCCUCCUAUGUUAAAAUAAUGAAAGUGGCCAAAGCUGCAUCAGGAGAGAAUAAAAAGUCAACAAAGAAAGGGCUCAGAACAGUGCUUCUUCAUGGUUUCCAGCUGCUGCUCUGUCUCAUCCAGUUGUGGUGCCCAUUCAUAGAAGCUGCUGUACUUCAGAUUAAUUUAAUGUUAUUUAUUAAUGUCAGGUACUUUAAUUAUAUAACUUUUAUUCUUGCUCCAAGAUGUCUAAGUCCUCUCAUUUAUGGCAUCAGAGAUGAAAAGUUUUUUCUAGCACUGAAAUACUAUGCUCUCUGUGGUUUGUACAAGAAAGAUUUUCUUGUUUGA